UGAAAUAAAGAAUGAGAAUGAUGCUAUUGUAACAGAUCAAGUCAUCGGACUUCUUAAAAUUAAAAUCAAAGGUGCCCGAAAUCUUCCAAAGUCAAGUUCAUGGUUUACUUCUUCAAAACCAGAUCCUUAUAUUAAAAUUCUUGAUGCUUCUGGUCAAGAAAUUGUUCGAACUCGUACUAUUUCUGAAACGAUUGAGCCAAAAUGGGAAGAAGUUCAUUAUGUUUCAAUUCAUGGUACUGGAGAAAGCAUUACCUUCGAGAUUAUGGAUGAAAAUUUAUUUGUAGCUGAUAAACCUCUUGGUACUUAUAUUUUUGAAACCGCCAAAAUUGUUAAAAAAUCUGAAGAUGGUUUCUACACUACUAGUGAAACUGUAAGAGAAUGGUUCCCUCUUAUUAUUAAUAAAAAACCUAGUGGUGAAUUAGAUAUGGAAGUCCAAUUCGUUUCUACUCAAUAUAGCUGGAAAGAGAGUUUCAUUUUCAGCAAAGAUACUCUUACUAUUGAACAUAUUUAUAUUAUUCUAAGUUGGAGAAAUUCUAGAGGUUACUUCGAAUUUUCUGAUGAUGUAUCUCAUUUCUUUAACUUUAAAUCUCAGGAAGAAUUAAAGAGUGACUUCUUGAAACUCACCACUGAAUCCACUGAAUUGCAAAGUUUAAGUGAAUCUGCUCUUAGUACUGCAUUAGUAAUCACAUAUUUAAAAAUUUUAUGUUGGAAAUAUCGUGUAGAAUGGAAUAAAGUUUCAGCAAACAGUGAAGAAUGGCUAAGUUCAGAAGUCAAUAAUAUUGAACUUGAAGACAAAUUAUAUGAAAUUUGUGAAAAAUUCAUUAUUGAGAAAUUCAAUGUUAAAGAUUUUGAGGAAGAACAAAAAAUUGUUUUGAUUUCAACUCAUAAACGUUUCAUCCUUACACGUAAAAUGGUUACUAUUCGUAUCGUUCGUCGUAUUCUUGCCUAUCAAACUCAAGAUGGUAACAUUCCUCUUAAUAACAAGACUGCUGAACUACUUGGAUUCGAAAAUGCUGAAGAUCUUAAAAAAGAACUUCAAACUUACUUUAAGAGUGAAAACGUUAAGAAAGUUGAACAUUUAUGGGCUAGUGCUUGUAUAAUUUGGUACCUACGUUAUGUAGCAUUAGAUUAUCGUAAUGAUUGGCUUGAAUCCUUUGAAAAAACUUCCGAAUAUUUAAGAGUUCAAUGCAAUGAUUCGAAAUUAGAACAAGAAGUUUUAGAUUGUGCUAAAGAAUUUAUACACAAACGAUAUCAAGUUGAUAAUGAAUCUGUUGAAGAAGAUAAUAAAUUUGCUGUGACUUUGAGUAGAAAGAAGGAAAUGAUUGCAAAGGAAAAAGAAGAAGAAGCGAUAAAUGAAGCCAAGGUUAAAAGAAAACCAUCACUUCUUGUAAAACCAGUCGUUACUGUUGAAACAGUCAAGAAAUACAUUAAGUAUCAAAAUAAAGAAGGGAAAUUUACCUUUAACGAUGAUAUUGCCAAACAGUUGACAUUUGAGAAUAGCGAAUCCCUCAAAACUUCUAUUAAUAAACACUUUGGUUCUAAGCUUACUUCAAAACUUGAUUUGGAUAUUUUAACUACAGCUAUAUCAAUUUAUUAUCUUCGCUUAGAAGGCUCUGAACAUCGUUCUGAAUGGUCAACUACUUAUGAAACCUCAUGCAAAUGGUU